UAUGUUGUUGCACCGCGGAUGUAUUUUCAUGUAACACGUUUUAGCAGAAUCUUGAUUCCGUCCACCCGUUCUCUUAAUACAUCCAUGCUACCAGCGGCUCGUGGUAGGGAGGGAGGCUUUAACAGCGUCACAUUUCAUCUCUUGCAUUACAUUAAUUUGUCCGAAAGUUACAUACAUUAUUAUUGAUACACUGCGGUUAAUUUAACCUCGAAGAGAAAGCUAACAGAGCGGUUAUUUGGUUAACUAAGCUAACCAACGGUUAGUACAGUGCGUCUGUCAAAUCCGUCCUCGCCCUUUGAGCUGUCAUAUCACCGAGAGGUGCACACUGGACGAGCAGGAAACAUGACGAGUUUGGCGAGUCGGGUGUUUUUCAGGGUGGACAGGGUGUGUCGCCACCUCCCCGUGGUCCUCAACACUUUCCUGGUCUUCUCAAUCACCGGGGAAGUGAGCUACCUGGUGCUGGUCGAGCCUUCGCUGGAGGCGGACCAGAAUAAGACGGUGUGGUCCGCCUGGUGGAAAGCGGUCCACCUGCUGGCUCAGUACUUCAUGCUGGGAAACAUCUGCUGGAACGCCCUGCUCUUCCUCAGAACCAGCCCCAGCAUAAAGGGGGUGUUCCUGGGAGGACAGGGUAUGGGCCAGGGGUGGAGGUACUGCUAUACAUGUGAGACACAUACUCCUCCUCGCUGCUCCCAUUGCUACGACUGCAAAGUGUGUGUUCUGCGGCGGGAUCACCACUGCGUCUUUUUUGGCCAGUGUGUGGGCUUCCGUAACUACCGCUACUUCCUGUGCUGCUUGUUUUUUAUGUGGUCGGGCCUCCUGUACGCCACUCUGAUGAAUGCAGAGGUCUUCAUUGUCAUAUUGAAGGAGGGUGUGACUAUGCACAGCGUCCUGCUGCUGCUCAUACCCUGGAUCAUGCUAGUUUCAGGCCAAGUCUCAGCACGUGCCUUUGCCUUCGCCUUCAUUGCUGACACGUGCGUGGUGGGCUUUCUGCUGGUGUCCGCCUUCUUCUUCUUCCAUCUCUUCCUGAUGUUUCGGGGUCAGACCACAAGGGAGUGGUACUCGACCCGCCGACCCUACAACCUCGGGCUCCUGGGAAACCUGCGUCACGCUCUGGGCCUUCGCUGGUACCUCUGCUGGCUUUGCCCACUCCUCCCAUCACCUGUCCCUGGAGAUGGGAUAAACUUCCAGGUCACAGGAUCGCUGGAACCCACCCGGUAACAGCUGAAGGUCUGAAUAUUAACAGGCCGCAUGUCUUUGCUUUAGUGGUGAUGGUUAAUGUUAUCGGGAGCUGCAGCAGCAGCAGGGAAGAUCACCUCAGUUCAAGAAGAGGUAGCUUGGGGUGGGAAGAAGCCAGUGCGUGGUUGUUUUAAGAUGUUAAUGGGUGUAACUGUCUACCGGUAUUUUCUCCGUAGUCUUUACCUUGUGCUGAGACAAAGAAAUGAUGGGUCUACUCUGGAAGGUAUAUUUACCUUGACCUAAAGGUAAUCUGUACUGUACACUCAUUGCCUCAGAGUAUUAACACAGAAAUUAGCAUUGUUCCUCAGGAAUACUGAGCCCUGAAAAUAUAUGUAAACAUCACUGAAAUGGGAAUGUAUUUUAUUGGUCAUGGAAAAUGUAUGAUUUUGAAAUCCUUGUUAACAAGCACCUGCAACUACAGACUACGACUCCUGGGUAGUCAUCCUCUUGGGAUGACAACUUAAAUGGACCUUUCUUGUACUGAUUAUUUUUAAGGUCUGUUCCUCAAUAUUCCAUAGGAUUCUUAAUCUUGUCUACAUCCACUCCUGAGCUCCAGCUGAGUUUACUACACAGAGCUUUUUACUGGAAAUUGUUGUACCAAGUGAGACGAUGAGAGCACUGAGAGGGUGUUCACAAGAGUUGACAACAUGUGUAAGAAAACAAUCAACAGAAAUUGUACAUAGUGUAAAAUCUAAUGUUGCAAUUUACAGACUAAUGUAAAGUAAUUAAGUGAAUACAGCAUUUAAAAUCUACUUAUUUACAUUUGGGCAGUCUUUGCCCAUGUUUCAUAUUACGCUGUCUAUGUUUCAGUCAGUAAUGUACUACUACAAACUAAACCUACAGUGUAACAACAUGACGUGUACUGACUUGACUGCUGUGUCCCAAUUCCCUACGACAUACUAAUUGUACACAGUAAUGUAUACAACUCUUUAUAACAUCCUGUUUUUGCAGUAGGUAUACGGGAAAUCAUUACCUUUUUAUACAAUAUGUUUGACACAAUAGAAUGAAAAUGAUAAAUCUUUUCCAUAUUUUCUGAGGUGUUUCUGGAGCUGUUUCACCUCACUGUUUAGAGUAUGUAGAAGACACUCCAUACUCAACCUGCUUUGAUUUAGUAUAUAGUGUGGAUUUGGGACACAGCUAACAUGUCUCACAGCGCUUGACGCCAACUGGACUUCUGUUACCUUAGUACAAUUUCCCCUUUUUUGCACUUUUGCUUUUGUCAUUUUAUUUCA